AUCGAUUUUGUUGAGAGGGAAAAUAGAGAAAGGGCGGAGCACGGACGGAUGCUGCGCCGCCGACGCGCCCUUUUCGCCAGUUGCAUCCGGACCGCCGAGGCGAACGCACCCCCGUCGGCUGCCGCCGCCGCCACCCACGAGUUGCAGCCCGGGCCACCCCCUAGCUCCGAUGCGCUCCCCACCGACGGCUAGUCUGCGUGCAGCCACGUGAACGAGUUGAAACUGUGCGUCGCAACAAUCCGAGAUAAAAAGCAGCAGAGAUGCCGGUGGGUGGUCGGAUGGGUGGAAAGGGGGUCGGCGUUUACUCCAGCAACGCCAAUGGUCGCGGUUACAGCGGGAUCAACGAGGAGAUCAUGUAUGUGAGCAUCGGCAUGGCAAUCACGAUCGCCAUCCUCAUCAGCCUGGCGCUGUGCUACAUCGCACGCGAGAAGUGCAGGAAAAAGCGCGAGUUCUUCGUCACCGCAUGAUCCGCGCGGAUUUCGGCCAUUUGAUGUGUGGGACGUUGAAUAAGAAGUGACAGAACUUUUUGAGUAAUGUGUUUGCGGCGAAAAAGGCCGAAUGGCGCGGCGAUGACGAUAUUUAAAUUGUAAAAACGGGUGUGUUCUCUUUUAGUCCCUUACUACCCUUCCUCUACUCUUUGAAAAAGUGUUACCCGCAGUAUAAUUAAUAUUUAUGUCUCGGAAUUGUGUUGCAUAUAUAUAGUACACGGUAUAGCUGUUGAAAUUCUGAAGUUUAAGAAUGGAUCAAAACAAAUGAAGACUGCAGCAUGAUAGUUACUUUAGAAGCUAUGCAAAUAUCACUUUCAAAAUGUGUUCACCAUUUAACCUUUAUUUGUAUAAUAAAUGGCAGAUUUAGCUGUUUUAUCUGUUCAAAUUGUUUCCAGGUCAUUCUUUAUUGGCACUGUUUAAAAUUAUUGGGUAAUUUCCAAUUCAUGUACCAAUAAUUGCACUGUAUUUGAAAUAAAACAAAAAGCAGGGUCGAAAUAGAGAGCUAUAUAAAUAG